AUGGGGGAUAUACUGAGGAGGGUAUUGAAUAAAUGGCUGGAGGAAAGGAGGAAACAUCCCCGCAGGAACGACAUGGUUGAUCAAAGAAUAUCCGAUAGUAUAAAGAAAAUUGUGGAUGAGUUAAUGCAAAAAUUGAAUAAUCACACAGACAACAUAGCAAAAAAUUACUGUCAGAGCGAUCCUGAAGGAAUAAUUACAAUUAUAGACUAUCACAAACCAUUAUGCAAGGCUUUAAUGAGAACAUUUAUGUAUAUGAACGGAUUGAAAUUAGUGGAUAAAGGAACAAAGAAAAAAAUAGAAGUUGAAGAAGACACGGAGGAAAAGUCUUUCCUGAAGUGUAUAGUUGGAACAACAGUCAUGCUUAAAAUGUUAAAGAAGUAUUGCUGGUUUAAGGAUUAUGUGGAAUAUGCAUUAAGAAUAACAGAAGCACGAGGAGAUGCUGCAGGAAUUGAGAGUACUUACAAUAAAUGCAGCGGGAUGGACUUUGAUCAAUUAAAAAUAGGAAAUAUUUUAGUUGGAGAAACAGUAGCAAAGUUGAUUAAGGGUAAGGAUUCUGAAAUUGCUGAUUAUGGGAAUUUGCAGAAUAUAAUCGGACCUUGGUGCAGGAGUGGUCAUCACAGUAAAGUGAAAAGGAAGGUACCAAGGAAGUUAGAAGAAAAGGAGAAGGAAUGGAUGAGUGAGAGUGAAAUGAAGGACAUAGUAGAAAACAAGCAAUAUGUUCCCACGGAUAAGGUUGGUACAGUACUGGAGAAAUUAGGGGAAAAAAUGAAAAAAAAGAAAACUCCAUAUGAAUGUCCUGGUAGUACCACCACUGAAGAUGGGUCUGAUGACAAAGAAGACCGUAAGUAUUUGUUUUUGACUUUAAAAUACAGCUCUAAUGAAUAUGGGGUAUCUGUAAUUUUGUUCAUUCCUUCCGUUAAUGGAAUCCUGUAG